AUGGACAUCGUGAACAGAAAUUGGCACAAUUUACGUCAGACCCCAGAGAGAAAUGUAAUUGGAAAUCCGUACCUAAUGGCAGAACGUGAAAGAAGAGCGGGUGAUAGAGUAAGGCUGUCAUUGAUCUCUCUUUCUUUCGCGCCUUUUCUCGCUCCCUUUGUCUGUCUGCUCUCUCUCACUCUAUCUUGCUCUCGCUUUCUUUCUGUGGAUGCGUCCUCGCUCUACGAAGCACGGCGGAGUUCGGACAGCCUGCCGCCUUCUCCUCUCCUCUCCGUCGAGUUCUUCUGGAACCCUUUCUCGUGCGCGAAUCCGGAGGAAGAGUGGGAGGCCGCAUCCGGCGGAGGAGUCCACCGCCGAAGACGCCGAGGUCACGGUCGGCGCCGCCUCACGGAGAGGUCGUACGUUCCCAGGCUUCUGCUUCCCUGAAAGGCCGCUCCGGGUAUGUUCUAGUGCCGUCUUUCGACGAAUUCUCGCCUUUCGUUGAUUCGGGGGUUAUGUUCUAGUGCCGUCUUUCGAUGGGUUCGUGAUUUUCUGUGUCGGGGGCAUCUUCUUGUGGACUCUUUGGAUGGGAUCUUUAUUUUCUUUGAUUUGGACUUUCGGUUGCCUGCGGUGGUGCGGGUGGUGCGAGAUUGCUGAAGAACGCUCUGGCUUUCCUCCUUCCUCUUAUUUAUUUACCUUCUUCCGAUUUGUUUUGCCGCUUCGUUGCUGAUUCGAUUUGAUGUUUGGUCUGGGUAGGGGGAUCUAUCUUCUUCUUUAGACUUCCAUCCGAUUGCUCUUUGGGGACGGAUGAGUGUUACCGUCUGGAGGAGAAAAGAUUAUUUCAGCAAGGUUUAUCGAUUGACGGUGACGGGUGAGCGUGUUGAAUCAAGGGGCACAUUCGAUUUUCGGAUCGCUGAGCGAUCGACCAGUUUCUGGAGAAGAACCCGGUGAUUUCCGGCAGGAAACAACACCCUCCGUACCUGCAGCUCUCCCGAGCGUUAUUCCCCACCCAGAAAAACCAUCAGAACUUGGUGGCGGGCUGUCCUGUUGAGAAAGCAGCUGGAAUCGAGGGAGGAAGUGUGGACGAGGUUGUCGGGCUACAGGAGGAAGCGAGGAUGUCUCCCAUCCCGGAUCGGGUACAUGCUUCGACGUCCCUCAUUCCUUUCCUUGACGGCGACUGUAGAGAGCUUUCUCUCUCCAUCCCAAAGCACAUCACAUCUUGACAAUAGGAAUGUCCUAUCCAAAAUCGACAGGUGCAGGUCGGAAAUUCUCCAUUAUACAAGGUAGAGAGAAUGUUGGGUGCAGGAGGUUUUGGGCUGGUCUACAUUGGACGAAGGGUGGCUGGUGGAUCUCAGGGCAAUGGGCCCAAUGCCUUUAAGGUUUAGUUUCAACCUCCCAUCACUCCUGCCAAGGGAAUCUUUAAAUACUGCUGUUUUAUGUUGUCUCUUUCAUUUUCCUGCGGUGGGUGUAGGUAGCACUGAAGUUUGAGCAUAGAAAUAGCACGGGUUGCAGAUUUGGCCCCCCAUAUGAAUGGCAAGUUUAUGAGUAAGAAGACACCCCCUACUGCUCUAAUUUAUUACGUAUUGUGUCGAUCUAAAACUACGUUCUUCAUCUGACUUUGUGAAUAUGGUUUUAGCCAUCUCAAGGGAUGCUAUGGAUUGCCUAGGGUGCACUACAAGGGCCGCCAAGGAGAUUAUUUCGUCAUGGUUGGCGUAGAGUCUUUCAUUUUAUUGUUUCCUCGAAUUAUAUUUUUUAUUGAAAGCUAAUUAUGAUAUUGUUGAUGAUGAUUGCUGCAGAUCAUGGACAUCCUUGGACCAAGUCUUCUGGAUGUGUUCAUAUCCAUUGGGCAAGUGUAAGAAAAUAAUCUUGACUUCAUAUUCAAAGUCAAUAUUCUGUUGAAAAUUGUGCUAUUGAGUUUGACUAACUCCUUGGACAGAAUGCCACCAAAUAUGGUGGCUUGUAUUGCUGUGGAGGCAAUAUCCAUCCUUGAGAAGCUACACCAAAAAGGGUACGUAUGGCUUUGUGGCAGUGUGAUAUUUUUUCAAUUAAAUUUUUGCAAAGGUCACAGUAAUCAAUUCAUUGCUCCCUUGUGCACUCCCCUCCCUCCCUCCACCCACACAAAAAAAAAAACAUGCCAGGUUUGUGCAUGGAGACGUCAAGCCAGAGAAUUUAUUGUUGGGUAAACCCGGAAGCUCAGGGGAGAAGAAGCUUUUUCUCAUCGACUUUGGGCUGGGUAUGUUGCUGCAUUCCAAUCACUUCUUGUUUUCACCUUUCGCACCUAUUGAUUUUAGAGUAGGGUUUGUUUUUCCAAGUAUAUAAACAAAUUCGUCUUGACUGAGAAGUCCCUGUCUGUAUCAACAUCAGUGAUAUUUUUGUGCUUUGUUCAGAGCCUGUACAAAUGCUAAUUGGUGUCAUUAAUAUUUUAAUCAGCUUCAAUGUGGAGGGACAGUUUGUCAGGCCAGCAUGUCAGCUUAUGCCAACAGCCAGAUAAUUUCAGGUUUUUUGGGAAACGAUAUUCUAUUUUUUCCCUAAAUUCUUAGCUAAGAGGAGGAUUCAUAAAAUCUUACCCCUACCUUACUAUCUAUCUCAUGUUCCCUAGGGGCACAACACGAUAUGCAAGCGUCCAUGCACAUUUAGGCCUCACAGCGAGUAGAAGAGAUGAUCUUGAGUCAUUGGCCUACACUCUGAUUUUUUUGAUUAAAGGAAGGCUGCCGUGGGAAGGCUAUCAGGUUUGCUUUCACCUCUACUUGUACAUGUUCUCCCAUCUCUUUGAUUGAUCACUUGCUGAUUCUUAUGCCAACUAUGUAGGGGAAUGACAAGAGGUUUCUAGUCUUCAUGAACAAGACUGUAACCUCCCCCGAGACGCUGUGUGGUGGCUGUCCCCCUCCUUGUGCACAAUUCCUUGAAGCAGUGAAGAAGAUACAAUUUGUUGAGCAGCCCACCUACUCAAAGCUCAUUUCUCUUUUUGGAAGCUUGAUAUGCCCCCCCUGCACCCUGUUAAAGACCAUUCGGAUUGAUGCAAUUUUGAAGGUGGUUGCAAACAUGACAUCACUGAAAUUACCUCACAUAUUUUUAUUUUAUGUCAGAUGGUUUUAUCUCUUUUUCAUGGCUCUAUCAUCUGUUGUUAAAUAGGCUGACCAUGUUUCCAACAGGUUCACCAAAAACGUGGAAGAUUGCAGGUAA